UGGAAGAAUUCAGAAGAUCCUGCUCCUGGAUUGUAUACAUUGGAAGUUGACCCAAUUAACAAUCAAGGUGUGAUUAUGUGGAACAGGUCUAAGCUGAUAUAGUAUAGUGGAUAUUGGGAUGGGCAGAUAUGGAGUAGAGUACCUGAGAUGUACCCAAAUUCUUAUGCCUUGUUUAAUUUUAGCUAUGUUUCCAACAAAAAUGAGACUUCUUUCUCAUAUUCUUCUAUACGUACUCUCUCGUUCAUAUCUAGACUUGUCAUAGACAAUUCCGGGCAAAUCAAACUACUCUCAUGGUUAGACAAAACCAAUAAGUGGAGUUUCAUUUGGUCUGAGCCGAAACAACAAUGUGAAGUCAGUAAUGUUUGUGGGGCGUAUGGCAUUUGUAAUCAACUCUCUUUACCUUUCUGUAACUGCCUGCCUGCUUUCAGGAGUAGGUUUGAGAGAAGUUGGAAUUUGGGAGAUUACUCUGGAGGUUGUGUCCGGGAUAUCGAGUUGGAUUGUGGUAAAACAAACACAUCCAAUGGUGGAAAAGACAUGUUUGGCAAGUAUUCUUACGUUAAGUUGCCCAACAAUUCUCAAUCUGUGCCGUUUGUUAGCAGUGCAAAAGGGUGUAAAUCCAUCUGUCGGAGCAGCUGUUCUUGCAGUGCUUAUGCUUACCACGACAGUGCCUGUUUUACUUGGAGCGGAGCCCUCUUUAAUAUGCAACAACUAUCAAAAGACAAUGCUGAUGGGAAGGUAAUCUAUAUUAGACUCAGUUCUUUGGAGUUCUCUCAAAAAAGUAGGAGGGUUGUUUAUGGCGUUGCUGGAGGCUCAUCUAUGGUUGUGUUAACAAUCCUUGUAGGAUUUAUUUUGGCCCGAAAAUUUAAAAGAGGGUCAGAGAGGGCUGUAGAAGGCACAUUGGUGGCAUUUGGUUACAAGGAUAUACUAAGUGCCACAAAGAAUUUCUCAGAAAGGUUGGGUGGAGGAGGCUUUGGAUCUGUUUUUAAGGGAACAAUGCCUGAUUCUACUGUCAUAGCGGUGAAGAAGUUGGAAGGCCUCAGCCAAGGAGAAAAGCAAUUCCGAAAUGAAGUCAGCACCAUAGGAAACAUUCAGCAUGUAAAUCUUGUGCAUCUUCGUGGUUUCUGUUCUCAAGGUAAUGAGAAACUGUUAGUAUAUGAGUACAUGUCCAAGGGCUCAUUAGAUUCUCAUAUUUUCAAAGCAGAUACAAGUUCAAGCAUACUGUCCUGGAAAACAAGGUAUGAAAUUGCUUUGGGGAUCGCGAAAGGGUUGGUUUAUCUUCAUGAGAAAUGCGUAGACUGCAUCAUACAUUGUGAUGUAAAACCUGAAAACAUACUUCUAAACGACGACAUGUGUCCCAAAAUUGCAGAUUUCGGUCUGGCAAAGCUGGUUGGGCGUGAUUUCAGUAGGGUUUUGACAACCAUGAGAGGGACCAGAGGAUAUCUUGCACCAGAAUGGAUAUCAGGAGCCGCGAUAACAACCAAAGCAGAUGUCUAUAGUUAUGGAAUGAUGCUGUUUGAGUUUGUCUCGGGGAGGCGCAAUAUGGAGCAAACCAGAGAUGGGAUAGUUAAUUUCUUUCCUGCAAGAGCUGCUAAUGUGACAGUAGAUGGAGGCGAAAUCCUUAACAUACUGGACCCCAAUUUGAAUUUUAUUGCUGAUGUAGAAGAAGUAACAAAGAUAUGUAGAGUAGCUUGUUGGUGCAUCCAAGAUGAUGAGAAUUUAAGGCCAUCAAUGAGUCAGAUAGUUCAAAUUCUUGAAGGAGUUUUGGAGGUGAAUCUGCCUCCAGAUCCACGAAGUUUUCAACUCUUUUUGGACAUGAAGAAUGAGGAAGAUAUUGUUUUCUUUACGGGCAAGUUACCCUCCCUAGGUGUGCUAAUACAGAGUGAUCCUUCAUGGACCUCCUCUCUGUCCAUGAACAGAGGCUAGGGAGACGAUCCGCAUUGCAUGGAUUGUUGUACUCAAUUCACUAUGAUUUCAUUGUAAGAGAGUGUCCAAGAGUAUUUCAUUAUAUAAAAUUUGAAAAAGGUCUGU